ACCCCUCCGCUCUUUCGAAACUAAAAUCUUGAUACUUAUAAAGGGAACCGAUUACAGUUCAUCGACAUUGUGCUAAUCUAUUCGUUCGACUCUGCACCGAUUAAUCGCGAUCGGCAACGUUCGAUCAGUGACGGUCAGCGCUGUUCAAUCGAAUCGGAUCGAAUCGAAGAAAUUACGUGACGGCAUCGUGUCGGUUCGUGAACUUUGCAAAUCGUCUUUGAACCGUAUUAUCGAUUCGUGAUCGAUGUGCACCUGCGAACGUUUACGUGGGAUGUUGUAAGCCGAAGCAACCAAGCGUCUGCAUCAACGUGAAAUAACGAAAGAAGAUAAAAGGAGAAAUGCUUCCUGGACGAGGAUUAAUCGUUAUCGCCCUUGGCGUUUGCUGUAUGAUCGCUCUUUUUGAGGUGAGCGAAGCUAGACCUCGCAUCAGGCACCAGAAAGGCGGCACUCAUUGCAGCAGGUGCGGUCCAGGAUGGGGCGUAGUGAAUCGUUGUACCCGUGGACGCGAUACGGAGUGUGAAAAAUGCGCACCAGGCACCUAUAGUCCUCAUCAUAGCACUCAACCCUGUUGGAUCUGCUCGAGAUGCGGUCCAGGACUGUACGAAGCGCAUCCUUGCACCUCGACCACCGACACCGUCUGCGAUUCUUGUCACAGACCGGCUCCCGAUAAUUCUGAUUACCAGAGGAAGUGCAAGGGCAGGACCAACGUCUUCCUCGCGCCGGAAGACGCGCAGGAAACUGGAGAAGAGAGCGUCCUGGUGAACGAACCCGAUGUUCAAGACCGAAUGAACGACGGAGAAGAGGUCCUGGAGAACGACGCGGAAGCAGAGAUUAUGUCCAAAGAGCUGAGAUCUUUGGAAAGAAUUUAAAACGGUGGACGAUGAUUCUCUUUUGUUGCUGAAAAAGUAGGACCGAAAGUAUUCCUAGAUACUAGCGAUUCCCUCGAGCCACCUGGACUAAAAGGAAAGCGUUUUCUCCUGUUCUAACUGGCACUCGAAGAAGAUCGCUUAGUUGAAGAAUUCAUGGAACAAGAUACGAAGGAUGAUCCCCAGAGAUUCUUUGCUUCGAAUUUGAGUCGAGACUCGCAAGACUAGACAUCAUCGAAGUCGUGAAAAUUUAGCGGAUCCGAGAGCGUUUAUAGAAAUUGGAUCCUGAACUUCUUUUAAACCUCAGGAAAUUGAAGGCGAACCUAGAUUUGGUCCUUUGAUCGAAUAGGCGAAGAUGAUAGUAGAAAGUAAAGUCUUGUCCUCUUCUAAUUGAAGAGAAUAGAUGACUGAACAUUCCUUUCAAAAUGCGGAAUCUGUUCCUCGUCUUAACAAUUCACUUGUGAGGAUCACAAAUAGGCUGAAUGAUUCUAAAUCAUUCAUUGUAAUACGCAGCCUCAAUGUACGCUUCCGGUUGAACCUUGUUGGUUGAGACCUUGUUAGAGACCUACAGAGUAUUUAAAGAAAAAAAACGUUCAACGUGUGAAUGAAAACAACAUCGUAAUAUCAUUUGUCUUGCAAGAAUCUGCUGUCUUUAAAUACUCUGUAUUUCUUAGAAUUACUCGUCAACUUUGGUGCUUGUUCUAUCAACGUUCCGUCAAUACUAAUCAUUAAGUUCUAAUAAGUUCGAAGAAGGAUCGAAAAGAGUCUUUCGAUCCUCGAUUGCUAGUCACUUAGUUGCUAACUAGUCGAUAAGAUGUAAUAUACAAAUAGUAGUAUACUCGCGUACUUGUCGCGUCACUCGCCCUCUCACAUAAUUUAUAUUACCGUAAGCGAAACUUAUUCCAUUCCUGACUAUACAACUUUAUAUGUUACAUCUAAAUAUACACUUAUGGUAUAUUGCGUUGACUGCUAUGUAUGUCGCCGUCGUUAAAAUUUAAUCACUUUAAUCAAGUUAUCGAAGAAAGAAGAAAAAUUUUAGAAAUUAUUAACUCUUUAUAUCACUGUAACUUAAACAUUCGGCGCACUAUGCUUGCUAAAAAUUUUAAAACUAUAAAUUGAGUAAUUAAAUGGUGAUUAAUUGUUGUUCUAGUAUUCUACUAUAUAUGUAUGUAUAAAUUUUCACAAUGGCAGUCAACAUUAUAAGUCUACUUAUGUACAUCCAAAGAUCUCGUUGGUGAUCUCUGGAUACGCGUAAAAGUACUCUGGAAAGUUAUACUUAAAAAAAGGAAGCGAACAAAUUUUUCUUUAAAGAGAAUUUGUGUACACGAGUGUUUAUGUCCAGAGAUCUCCAUUAUUUCUCGUUACGCUCUCUUCUUGGAGAGACCAAUCGUAUUUCAGUGUGCUCCUCGACUUUCUGGAUAACCGGAAAUACUUGCAUGGUUCUUAUGUAAACGCGUCGUCAGUAAAAUCGUGUGUAAAUACGCCUCUGUAAAUAUAGAAACGAUAACAACACGAAUCGGUUGCUGUCUGAAAAAUUGUUAUGCAUUUCUCGUUUAUAAUAUAUAAAUUUAUAAAAGCAAUUACGUAUCUUCUCGUUCCAUACUCGUGAAUUAUGUUAUGCUUUGCAGCGAAAUAUUUUAAAGAAAGAAAAUAUCUGAGAAAUUAAAAUAAUCGUGAAAUUAUUUUAACGCGUUAAGAGUAAAAUAGUAGGUGGAAAGUUUAACGCGUUAAUAUAAUAAGAAAGUUAACCGUACUUAAAUAAGUCUUAUGGUGGCGGGGAAGAUGACACGCAUGCGCAUAACGGACACUCCCCACUCCUAUAAAUGGUAGGCGACACGGUGCGCGCACUCACUGUUCUCCGCUCUGUCGUGGCAACAGGUGUUCGCGAUUGUCGUGGCAGUCGUUACGUAAAGCUGGUACGUAAAAUUCAAUCGUCAAAAAUUGAAAAAUAGUUGUCCGAAACAGACAGUAACGCGCGUAGAUCUCGUUUACGAAUGAAAAUUCACCAAAGCACCAUUGUACUUGCUAUCCGUUUUAUUUAUUUACGUAAUUGUUCCAUCGGUCGAUGAACGGUAGCCGCAAGAGACGUCUACUAAAGACACAAUAAAGUACAGAUAUAUAAUAAUCUAUAUAUAAGUUCAUUUUUUAUUACAUCUCCUCCCUGACUAUAUUAAGUCCACGCUCAAUAAACGAUAGAAAGAAUUACACGUUUCUUCGAUGCACAAACACGUUCGCGUCGCUACAAUCUCGAAACUAUCUAUUGUCGCCUCGUUUUUUCGAAGUAUAUAAUGUAUAUUUCGCAUCAGGUAUUGCGUGAUUCAUCAGGUAUUAUCGAUAUCAUUAUUAUGCACAGUGCGCUACGAUACAAACAGUUAUUAUCAUCGAAGAAAAAUAUAAGCGAAUAGUUUUGAGAUGUUAAUACGAGUUAUGUUGUAUACAUGUAUAUAAUAUAUAUAAUAUAUGAAGUUCGAUGAUAACUUUUUUCUUCUUUUCUUCCUCUUAAUGCGGUUUGAUUUUCGAUUUAGUUUAUGAACGACAUUUUUCUAGUUCGAAGUCAAGGAUAAAGAAGAAGCUAACGAUAUAUCAGUCGGUAACUGUAGUUCCAUGAUACCGCGGAGGUUUGGAAAUUGAGAAUUUAUCUUUUACGCUUUCACUGUUACCACAUAACUUGUUAAUGUAAUUUUAAUCUACCUAGUUAAAAAUCUUAGAAAAAUUUUCAUCGUUCCUUAUUAUAAAGAUUUUCAAUUAUAAGCAACGACAAUUUAAGAAAAUCGUUACAAAAUUUCACCGAUUCUCGUUAAUCGGUAGCAGUGAAAUCGUCCGUGCCAUAAUUUAACGCAAACAGAAAAAAGUCCCUACAACGAGCAAAGCUACCGUGUGCUAAAUAAGUUUUCUCGUGAGUCGGUUAUCGUUACAUCGAUGAACAUCGAUAAUAUAAACGCUUUAUAAAUCAUUUGAAACAACGUCGUUAUAUUUUUCUAUCGUAAAACCUAUCUAUAAAAAUAAGUCACUGUAAAGUAUGCCACAAUGAGAUAAAUGCAAAUAAAACGAUCCUCGCAUAUUA